AUGGGACCAAAGAAAGUUGCGAGUGACCGCAUUUUGUCAAAAAGGGUGAGAAACACAAUUGAAUUCAAGAAAGAACUCGUAGCAAAGUACGAAGAUGGCGUCCGCGUGGCCGAUCUCGCCAGGAUGUAUGGGAAGUCUGCAUCAACAAUAAGUUCUAUUCUGAACAGGAAAGACGAAAUCAAGGAGGCUAAUGUUGCGAAAGGAGUGACGGUGUUGACAAAGCAGAGAUCACAAACGAUCGAAGAUGUUGAGAAGUUGUUGUGGGUGUGGAUCACCGAGAGGAGGCUGGCGGGAGAUCGUGUUUCGGAGCCCGUCAUUUGCGAAAAGGCAAGACUGUUGCAUGCGGAUCUUUCUAAGAACGUCCCUGCGACGAGUGAUGCUGUUAGUGAAUUUAAGGCCAGCAGAGGCUGGUACGAAAAUUUUAAGAAAAGAACAGGCAUGAACACUGUCGUAAAGCAAGGCGAGAGUGCAAAUUCUGACCAAAGUGCCGCUAAAGACUUCGUUAAGGAAUUCAAGGACUAUGUCGAGGCUGAACGGUUCUUCCCCCAACAAGUCUUUAAUUGUGACGAAACGGGUUUAUUUUGGAAGAAAAUGCCAAAGAGGACCUUCAUCGCUCAGGAGGAAAAGGAACUGCCAGGACAUAAACCCAUGCAAGACAGGCUAACUCUGUUGUUUUGUGCUAAUGCUAGUGGAGAUUUCAAAGUGAAGCCUUUACUCGUGUAUCACUCCGAAAAUCCCAGAGUUUUUAAGAAAAAUAAUGUUAUAAAGAGUACAUUGUGUGUGACGUGGAAAUCUAACGGCAAGGCAUGGGUCACAAGUCACAUUUUCAUUGAGUGGGUCAAUGAAGAGUUUGGCCCCAGUGUUAAGAAAUACCUCCUGGAAAAUAAUUUGCCCCUGAAGUGCCUCCUGGUGAUGGAUGAUGCUCCUGCCCAUCCUCCAGGCUUGGAAGACCAAUUGUUGGAAGAGUUUAACUUCAUCACAGUGAUGUUCUUGCCCCCUAAUACCGCUCCCCUCAUCCAACCCAUGGACCAGCAGGUCAUUUCAAAUUUCAAAAAACUCUACUCCAAAGCACUGUUUCAAAGGUGCUUUGAAGUGACAUCAGACACUGAUUUGACCCUAAGAGAGUUCUGGAGUAAUCACUUUAAUAUCCUCAACUGCAUAAGCCUCAUAGAUAAGGCUUGGCAGGGAGUGACUUCCAGGAGCAUGAACUCUGCUUGGAGAAAAUUGUGGCCAGAAUGCGUCAGGAAGGAAUUUGAAACCUUCGAGGCUGACCCCGAUAACCGUACGCCAAUUGUGGAGUGUAUCGUGUCCUUGGGGAAGUCCUUGGGGUUGGAUGUGAGUGGCCAGGACGUGGAAGAGUUGGUGAAUGAUCACAGCGAAGAGCUAACCACUGAAGAGCUGCAAGAACUUCAAGUGGAACAGCAACAGACGGCGGCUCAGGACAUUGCUUCAGAUGAGGAUGAGGAGAGAGAGGAGAAUGUGCCUUCCUCACUCAUUAAGGACAUGUUUGCCAAGUGGAGUGACGUGCAAAGCUUUGUGGAGAAACACCACCCCAACAAAGCUGUUGCAAGCCGUCUUUGCAACAUGUUCAAUGACAGUGCCUUGUCCCAUUUUAGGCAAAUUUUAAAGAGACGCUACAAACACAACUAUUACGAUAGUUCUAUGCUACAGGGGUCCAGUAACAGUAAAAGACAAAAGAUGGAAGUCACCCCAAAUAUGGCUUUAAAAUCUGAAGCCCUUAUGGAGGGGGAGUUCCCCUCCAUAUAA